AUGCAGUUAGGAGAAGGAAAUCAGAGUUCUGGAGCCACCUUUACCCUCUUGGGCUUCUCUGAAUACGCCGACCUCCAGCUGCCCCUGUUCCUGGUGUUCCUGACCGUCUACAUGGUCACUGUGCUGGGGAACCUGGGCAUGAUCGUGAUCAUCAGGAUCAACCCCAAACUCCACACCCCCAUGUACUAUUUCCUCAGCCACUUGUCAUUUAUAGAUUUAUGCUAUUCCACCACAGUGACACCCAAAUUGCUAGAAAACUUGAUUGUGGAAGACAGGACCAUCUCCUUCACAGGCUGCAUCAUGCAGUUUUUCUUGGCUUGUGUAUUAGCAGUGGCAGAGACCUUCAUGUUGUCCGUGAUGGCCUAUGACCGGUUUGUGGCAGUUUGUAACCCUCUGCUCUACACAGUGGUCAUGUCCCCAAAGCUCUGUGCAUCCUUAGUGGCAGGGCCCUACACAUGGGGAAUAGUCUGCUCCCUCACACUCACCUAUUUUCUCUUGACAUUAUCCUUCUGUGGCUCUAACAUCAUCAAUAACUUCCUCUGUGAGCACUCUGUCAUCGUCUCUGUCUCCUGCUCUGACCCUUCCAUCAGCCAAGUACUGUGUUUUGUCAUCGCCAUGUUUGAUGAGGUCAGUAGCCUGGGAAUCAUCCUCAGUACUUAUAUCCUCAUCUUUGUCACUAUCCUGAGAAUGCCUUCUGCUGGUGGGCGCCAGAAAGCUUUCUCCACUUGUGCUUCCCACCUGACUGCCAUCACCAUUUUCCAUGGGACUGUCCUGUUCCUUUACUGUGUACCCAACUCUAAGAAAUCCUGGCUCAUUGUCAAAGUGGGUUCUGUAUUUUAUACAGUCAUCAUCCCCAUGCUGAAUCCUUUGAUCUAUAGCCUCAGGAACAAAGAUGUGAAAGAGAGUGUCAGGAAGCUGAUGAAUCACCCAGCACAAUUAUGUUGA